UUUCUAUUCUACUUGUUUUACAUGGGCAGCAAUGGGUGUGCAACCGAAUAGAAGCUCUGUCAUAAAGAUCGUGGUUGGUGUGCUUACUCUUGCGACCUUGGUACGAUUGUCAGCUAUGCUGUCGUCGACCCAGGUUGAAACAGCAAGCCUCGUCAACCCGUUCUCAUCUCAUCAUAAGGAGUGCUCUAAUUUUGAAGCCCACGAGGACCAGUGUGGUUUUGUUCAAGUGGCGUGUAAAGGCUUCAGUCGAUUUUACUUGACCUUCUAUUAUUGCUCAGAGCUUUGGAAACCGAUCUCGUUGACACUCAUGAUACUGGGUCUGCUGAUGCUAUUUGGUGCCGUCAGUGUUGUUGCAUCUGAUUUCUUUUGCCCGAAUCUCCAGACGAUAUCCUCCAAGUUGCAACUGUCCGAAAGCAUGGCGGGUGUCACCAUCUUGGCAUUUGGUAACGGUAGUCCAGAUCUGUUCAGCACUUUUAGUGCCAUGGACAGUGGAGCUGGAUCGUUAGCGGUCGGCGAGCUGAUCGGUGCAGCAUUCUUCAUCGUAUCAGUCGUUUCAGGAUCAAUGGGAAUUAUUCGACCUUUCAAAUCGAAGCGGAUCACGUUUAUGCGGGACGCCUCCUUUCUCACGGGUGCUAUCAUGAUGCUGACAUGGAUCGUCUAUCACCGACGCAUUUUCUGGUACCACGGCGUCGCCCUGAUUGCCUAUUAUCUUACGUACGUGUUUGUCGUCGUAUUUGGUGCGUUUCGAUUUCCAGGCGCCGAAACACCAGCCAAGCUCGAGUCCAAGUCGUUCCCGGUCUCAGUUCACAGUAACAUCGAAGAUCAGUUGACAGAGGCAACACACUUGCUACAACAGGAAGUAAGACAUGGAAAGCCACCCCGACUCGCGAUCCCAUCGCAUGGAUUUUCGUCACAUAACUCGCUCUCAUCUCACGAAUCCCAUCUUGGACAUGUCAUUCGGCCUGUGUCACCCGGCUCUUCGCUUCGAUCAUCCUUGCACAUAGAUGGCUUGUGUGUACCACGUACGACAAGCACAAAUGGAUCGAUAUCCACCCGGCUCUAUCGCCACGCCAUCUCGCCACGUGUGGGUAUCCGCAACUCAAUUUAUAGAGCCAUCGAGUUCCAGGAACAGGUUUCAACGAUUCGAAGGACUGGAAGCACGAGCGGAACCUUGCAUCGCCAUCGCGAAACAUCGGUGCCGCAUCAAUCCAUGUGGGGCACACCGUCGCACGGUUCAUUGAGAGGUCUGAUGAUAGGAGGCGGUAACAGUAACGCUAGCGACUCGGAGAACAACAAUAACAACAGCAACGGUCUUCUUCAUCAAUAUAGACCAGGAGGAGGCCGUCCGAGAGCAUCUACCGUCGGCGACCGAUUAACUCCAAAUUUUCCCGGUUUAAGAAAUAAUCAUACCAAUAAUACAAAUAAGAGUAUAAACAACAGCAAUCAAUGCACGACAGCAACAACUCCGGACAGCACACACAGCAGCACAGGUAUGGCCGAAGACUAUUUUACGUAUAUCUCAGCCAAUCAACAGCAAAAGCAGCCUGCUGUCGUGCCUGAAAUUCGAUUGGGCGGUGGUCGACAACCAACAGAAGAUCAACCAUUAUCCAUCGCCGUCCCGAAUAUCACUGCUGACGAUCAUGACGACGGUGACGAGGACGACGAAGACGAUGACGACGAUGACCAGCACGGUCGCCACCGCCAGCACCAAAAAUCCACUAGCCGCUUCCAAAAGCAAAUUGCUUCGCUCUAUUGGUCCUUUGGUAUUGCAUGGGAGGACUUUAUUCAAACCAUGUUUCCAACGUUACAAGGCUGGCAAACCAAGACCAGAUUUUCAAAGUUCAGCUCAUUGGUAGCCUUACCUCUUGUGUUGAUUUUCACAUUGACACUGCCUGUUGCUGAAGAUGUCCAAGUGUAUGAUAUUGAGGUUGCCGAGGACGCCUUGCUUGAUGGAGUCUCUACCGACAAGGGUUACUUGCCCGUGCCCCCGCCACCCUUGAGUGGCGGCGGUCCAGAGGAUGAUCACCUGUCUUUACCGGAGGAAGAUGGAAUAAUAUUGGAAGAAGAGGAAGGCCCAAUGAUGCCAUGGUGCAGAUGGCUACUAGCUACUCAAGCAGUGAUGGCCACGACAUUUGUCUUUGGUGUCAUGUGGCUGAAUGACUUCAUCCCUGGAGUUUACAUUCUAAUCGGUUUCGGCAUCGGCUGUGUGAUGGCAUCGAUUAUACUUGUCAAGACCACAGCAGACCAGCCACCCAAAUGGCAUUGGAUGGUAUCGUUCGGAGGCUUUGUUAUUGCGUUGAACUGGAUUUUCUUGCUGGCCAAUUCGAUGGUGGGUUUGUUGCAAGCUAUUGGUGCUAUUUUGAGUAUCAGUGAUGCUAUUAUGGGAUUGACGAUCUUUGCACUGGGUAACAGCGUGGGCGAUCUGGUAUCAAACACAGCAAUUGCUAAGAUGGGAUUUCCGACGAUGGCCAUUUCGGCAUGCUAUGCUGGACCUUUACUCAAUAUGGUGCUCGGUAUCGGAAUCUCAUCGGCUUAUCAGGCACUCAAAACGGGACAUCCAUACGAAUUAGAUGUGGCACCUUCCAUCUUGGUGUCAUGCAGCGGAUUAAUCACUGUGCUGCUGAGUACGCUUAUUGUAGUCAACUUGAACGAUUACUGCAUCAACAAGGAGCUUGGGUGGUGGAUGAUUAUAGUUUAUUCCACUUGUUGCGUUGUCAACGUAUUGCUUGAAUGUAAUGUUUUUAAAUAG